AUGAAGGUAUGUUAUAUUAACGUAGCCAAUCCAGCCACUGGAAGAAUUAAGAAAUUUGAUUUUGAAGAAGAAAAGAAUUACAGACCAUUCCUUGAUAAGAGAAUCGGACAAGAAGUUGAUGCUUCAUCACUUGGAGACGAAUUCAAAGGAUACAUCCUUAAAAUCACUGGUGGAUGUGAUAAGGAUGGUUUCCCAAUGAUGACAGGAGUAGCUACUAACAAUCGUGUCAGACUUCUUCUUGAUGGAAGAAAUGGAUGUUACAAACCACUUAGAAAUGGAGAAAGAAGAAGAAAGACAGUUAGAGGAGCUAUUGUUGCAGGAGACAUUUCAGUAUUGAACACUGUCGUAGUUAAGAAAGGAGAAGGAGAAAUUGAAGGAGUUACUAAUGAUGCACUUCCAAUGAGAGCUGGACCAAAGAGAGCAUCUCAUAUCAGAAAACUCUUCAAUCUUUCUCAAAAGGAUGAUGUUAAAAAAUUCGUUAUUAGAAGAGAAGUUGCUAAAAAACAUCCAAAAGAAGGAAAAUCAACAAAGAGAUCUAAAGCACCAAAGAUUCAAAGACUUGUUACUCCAAGAAGACUUCAACAUAAGGCUCAAAAAUUAGAAGCUAAGAAAUUACAUAAAAUUGCUAUGCUCAAGGAAGCUAAACGUUAUGCUGCUAUUCUUAAUAGAUACAAGGUUCUUAAAGCACAUGGAAUGAAAGUUGUCUCAUUUGCUGAUACUGAUGCUGUUUUCAAACAAAACAAAGCUGGUUCAAAGAAAGCUGCUUCUAAGGGAAAGAAGGUUAAUUCCAAGAAAACUGGAAAGAAAUAAGAAGUUUAUUGAUGAGAUUUGAGUAAAUCUAUAUUUUCGUUU